GUCACUCAGUGCUGCCAGCAAUGAGCAGAGAAGGCAGCUCCUGUACGCUGUACACAGUGCAACAUCAAGACAGGGAAAUUGGUUUCAGGGAAUUCAGGGCGAGGCAGAAAGAUUUCACAACAAACCCACAACCUGUUCUAGAGGAAACACAACCUAGAUACUGACACAGACACACACGUCUUCAAAUGCAAAGGCUGGGGUUAGAGGGGGCGACCUGCCUUUUGUCCUACCUCAGGAAGUUCCCACACUGGCUGUACCGCAGCUGACUGACUCCAGCUCUGUGCGCGCCAUGUGAAGACACCCGGCCCGGCGAACACCGAGCGCAAGGUGGAAUCCUCGGAUAGAAUGUUGCUAUUGCCUCUCGUUCUCAUUCUGACAUCUGCUGUGCUGGGUAUUGCGGACUCUGCUAAAGGUAGGCUUCUGAAGGAGUGGAGGCGUGCUAUACAGAAUGUAAGCUCUUAGGGUCAGGGAGUCACUUCCUCUGUGUUUCUUUUACUGUACUUUGUAUGGAUGACGCUGUUUACAUUGUAUGAGCAGCAGUCUGUCUCCAUAGAGUAGACCAGCAGAUUCAGCACUAGCUCUCUGGAAAUCACCUGCAGUGACUGGGAGUUCGCUUCUUGAAUCACACUGACCUACGGCACAGUGAGCUAGAUAUUCCCCAUAAUGAUCUGGAACUAAUGCACCUAUCACUCCGGGGCAGUCUGGGGCCUCAUCUGGAACAUGGCAGGAGAUAACUGAGAGUUACACCUUCUGCCAUUUCAUUAAGGCAAUUAAAAUAGCUCCCACUCAGGACUGUAACCCAUACUAAUCUCGGGCAUUAUUGGGGCAUAUAUGUCUCCUUUACUGCCCUUAUAGUAAGUUUCUCCAUUUAAUCCCAUAUUACACAAAUAUGUUACACUACACUAAAAUUGAACCCUCUACUCUACUUUAAAAUGCUCAAAGCACCCCUUCCAUACAUUAGCACUAAACAUAAACCACUCCACAGUGACAAUAAACAUAAAUAUCUACACUAUCCUAACACACUACAACCAUAGACAUUAACCCCUACUGUCACUAAACAGUUACCCCUAAACUAUCACUUAACAUUAACUGCAACACUAUCACUAAACAUUAACCUCUAAACUCUCAGUAAACAUUAACUCCAACAGUAUCACUAAUUAUCACUACCUUAACACAUAGACUAACAUUAACCCUAACACAAAAAAUGUUUAAUACAAAAGAAACAUAACAGUGGAGCAUGUUUUAUACAGUGCUAUCCCAGGGUUCUGUGGACAAUUUUAAACCACUCAGCUUUAGGUUUUGUGGCUUCGGGUUUACCAAGAAUACCUUAACCCCUUAAGGACACAUGACAUGUGUGACAUGUCAUGAUUCCCUUUUAUUCCAGAAGUUUGGUCCUUAAGGGGUUAAUUGAUAUAUAUAUAUAUAGAGAGAGAGAGAGAGAGAGAGCAGGCAUUAGAUUGCUAUAAUUGGACUUGUCAAGAAUUGGGUACAUUGACGUUGUGGCAGGCUUAUGCAAUGUAUGAUCAUAUACUGUAACUAAACCCCCAUUAUAUUUUUUUUGCCUAGGUAAGGUGUUUUUAAAUAAAACUAUUACAUCCAGUGAGCAUUGAAAUUGCUGUUUUGUUAAUAAUCGAGUGCAGUGGAUUUUGUAUGUUGUAUGAAUUAGCCCCAGCAGCAUGUAUGCAUUUUCAGGGGAGUGCAGCCUCUUGAUAUUAUAUUAUAUCUGCCGGAGACCUACGUCUAACCUCUGUCCGCACUCCUACCUCUGAUGCUCACUUUAAAGACUUCUCUAUGGCUGCACUGUUCCUAUGCCCUUCCCCUCUCUGUUAGACUUUCAUCCAAUCUCCACUCCUUCAAAAAAUCUUUGAAAACUUACUUCUUUAGGAAAGAAUAUCAAUUAAACUUUGAACAACUUUAACUCCCCUCACCCUGAUUCCCCUCCUGAAACUGUCAUCAAAACAAAACACUGAACUUUCAAUGAACACUAUCCUAGCAGCAUAUAUAUAUAUCUACACACACUUUUGUUUUAGUUAGUGUACAUCUUGUAUAUCAAUGUCCUCUAUAUACAAGGCACUGCAGAAGUCGGUUCUUGGUUAUUUAGGUGUAUAACAUUAAAGAUGACAAAGUCCUUUUCAAGUCGUGACGGUAUUUACCAUAAAUAUAUGCUUAUGUAAUGAUGAAGUAACAUGGGUGUUAAUUAGUAGCUUACAUUUAAUUAUUUUGUGAUUAUUCAUUGUCAAAUCAACCUUAUGUAAUACUGGUAUCCAGAUGUAUUUGGAAACUGCUAAAUGUUCGUUUGCUAGUUAAGUAGCUCGAUAUUAUUAAAUCUGCAAAGCUGCGUUUAUCAGAAACUACUGUUCACAGGUUUCUUGUAAAAAUCAGUGACAUUCAUCGAAUACAUAUGAUUGCAAAAAGCUUCUGUAUGCAAGUUGAAGCUUGUGAUAGUAAUCAGCUCAUAAGCAGAUUCUUUACUUGCAUCUUGUUAGAAAGAGACAAAUAAAAACUCUCUGAAAAUAUAGCUUGUAUCUGUAAAUUGACUCGAUGUGACAAAUAAGAGGUCAGAGCUGAAAAUACCACUAAGAAAGUGGGCAUGUGGGAUAGGUGUGAUGGUAGUGCCAUUACCUAAACUCAGACUGAUGAAGGAUGAUUUGUAUAGUAUUUUUUAACAGACCAAUUAAGGACAGUUCAGAAAAGGGGAAAGGCAGUUGGUGAAACAAUUUAUGAUGGAAGGAAAUAAUAUGGAAAAAGAGAGAUACAACCUGGUGUCUUCAGCCUACAGAUGGUCCUGGAAUCCAAAAGUACAUAUUAUGCUGCUAGGAGUGAUAAUGUGAAGUGAAAAAACAAGGAAACCCAGAAUAAAGUAUUGUAGCACCCUAAGCACGCACACACACACACACACACACACACACACACACACACACUAUCUCACAAAAUUGAGUACACCCCUCACAUUGUUGUAAAUAUUUUAUUAUAUCUAUAUUAUUAUCAUGUGACAACACUGAAGAAAUGACACUCUGCUACAAUGUAAAGUAGUAAGUGUACAGUCUGUAUAAUAGUGUAAAUUUGCUGUCCCCUCAAAAUAACUCAACACACAGCCAUUAAUGUCUAAACCAUUGGCAACAAAAGUGAGUACACUUACUACUUUACAUUGUAGCAGAGUAUCAUGUGUUCAGUGUUGUCACAUGAAAAUAUAUAAUAAAAUAUUUACAAAAAUGUGAGAGGUGUACUCACUUUUGUGAGCUACUAUAUAUAUCUAUAUCUAUCUAUCUUUCUCCAAGUCUCUUUUCAAACAUAUGUCAUUGUUCUGAUCAGGUCAGUUAAGCGACUUAUACCGGGGUUAAGUUUAGGUUCUUUAUUGAAAUUGUAAGACAUGUUUUAAACUUGAAAUAAUAAGUGAAGCAAGAUUAAAGGAAAUAUAGACAAAAGGAAUAAAGCAGUACCUAUACACGAGAUUACAGGUAAUUAGUAAUAAGGGUUAUAGAAUAAAGGGUUUAGACAAUACGCCCCGGAAAGGAUAUAGAGAAGUAGAUAGAAUCAGAACCUAUAAAUGGAAUUAUAGGUAGAAAUAAAGGAAUAGUGAAAAGGAGACCCUAUAAAUUGAAUAAUAGGUUAGGAGGAAGAAGGAGAACCUAUAAGCGGAAUUGUAGGUUAAGAGGAAGAAGGAGUACCUACAAGCGGAAUUGAAGGAUAAGAGGAAGAAGGAGAACCUAUAAGCGGAAUUGUAGGUUAAGAGGAAGAACUAGAACCCAUAAGCGGAAUUGUAGUUUAAGAGGAAGAAGGAGAACCUUUAAGCAGAAUUGUAGGUUAAGAGGAAGGAGGAAAACCUAUAAGCGGAAUUGUAGUUUUUACCAUGUCCCAAUAUGGGAGUAUGUUGCGACAUUCCCACCAUAUAUGUAGUAGUGUGCCUCUGUCCUCCUGGCAUCUCCAACACGUUGGUGGCACUGCCGGGAAAAUCCGAUGUAUUACGGUCGGUGUUCUAUACCAGAGGGAUAGCAGCUUGUAAUUUACCUCCUGGUAGUAGGAGCUCAUGGAACUUUUGUGUUGCUAUAUCAGAGCUUUAUCCCAUUGUGGCGUAGUGAAUGUCUUACCCAGGGAUUCCUCCCAUUGUCUCCAGAAGGUGGUAUUGUUUGUUUGGGUAUCCGUUAUUAGUUGUUGGUAUAGCGCUGAAACCCCAUGGUUCAGUCUGGUUCCUUGUUUACAUAGUCCCUCGAACCAUGUUAAUUCCCUGUGUAGGCACUCCUUAUGUGUGAGUGUGGUGUAAUAUUGUUUCAGUUGUAUAUAUCUGAGGGUAGUCAUGAUGGUCUUUGGUCUACCCUCCAGUAGCGAUUCUAAGUCUUGCAUUCCGCCAGCUUGUAGAGCUCUGCUUAUGGGGAUAUAUUCCCCUUCUCCCAGGAAGUUCCAGGCUCUGCCUGGCAAGCCCUCACCUAUUUUACUAUUGUGCGUAAUCGUGAGCAUUGGGCUAGGUGUGGGCGAGAUGUACGACUUUUCCCUCAGCGAGUUCCAUCCACGUAAUGUUUGUGCGACUGGUCCCUCGUUCACCUCCCUUUUCUGGGGUUGCAGGGCUCCCCCCAAACCAUCGACUCCACUGUCCCCUCCGUGGCUUCUCUGUCUUCUCUGUAAAUCUAGGUAGGCACAGUAUGUUGUGUCUUAGUCUAGAUCGUUCGCCUCGCCAAGUAAAGCAUAUGACUGCCGUUUUCAGUGAGUAAAAGAAGUUUGCUGGAGGCGUGAGGGGUAUGGUCUGCAGGAGGUAUAGAACCCUGGGGAGCACGUUCAUUUUAAGCACGGCUAUACGUCGGUGCCAUGUCACAUGGGGGAAGGAUCGCAGCGGAAUCUGGGUCAAUCACCUCCGUCACGUUGGAGUGCAGAUAGUCGUAAACCAGGGUGUGUUGUCAUGCUCCACGGUCUCCCCCUUCGGGUGUUUGGAGGUUAUAGAGGUUUUGGUAGAAGUCCUUGAACUCCCCCGCUUUCUCCUGUGGGAAGGGAGAGAUCGCGCCCGAUGCAAGACAUAGUUUGCGUAUUUGCGUGCGGGGCACAUUGCCCUUCAGAAGUUGGGCAAAGUAUCUACCCCCUUUAUUAGCAUGGGCAUAGAAAAAGCCCUUUGAGCUUUGUAAGUAGCGAAGAUGUUUUUUUGAGGUCCUUCAGUGUCCUCCUGGCCUCCAUGAGCUCUCCGUAUACUUCGUGUAGUUGGUUUUGUUUAUGUUGUAACUCCAGGGUUGAGAUGGACUUAUAGAGAGCUGCCAUUUCCCGAGAGGCUUCUUCUUUCUGGAGGCGAUGCGGAUGAGCGAUCCCCGGAUUACGCUUUUAUGUGCUUCCCAUAAGAUGAUGGGCGACAUCCCCUCACAGUCAUUCUCCAUGAAAUAAUUGUCUAUGUCUUGUCUGAUUUGCUCACUUGUGACCGGGUCUAUUAGUAGUGCUUCAUUUAGUCUCCAUGUCCACAUGGAAAGUCGGAACAGGGCUGACUCGAGUUCGACGCUGACCGGGCUAUGGUCUGACCAAGUUGCCGGUUCUAUGGUCGCUUUUAGUAGGCGAGAGAGACCCUCUUGUUUAAUGAAGAAAGUAGUGCGUGAAAUCUUUGUCGGAUGGGUUGAGGGCUGUCCAGCAGUUGACCAGAUCCAAGCUGUUUAGCGAGUUCCGUAUUGCUCGGAUGCAUCGUUGUGGUUUACAGCUAUGUCCCGAGGAUGAGUCUAGCGGUGGGUCAAGGUCAAUUAAAGUCCCCCCCAAUAUUAACACACCUUCUGCAAACUCCUGUAGUUUGGCCAGUGCUCCUCUCAGGAAUGUAGCUUGGCGUCUGUUGGUGACGUAUAUGGUUGCAAACGUAUAUAUAUUUUGUCCGCUAUGAAACCCUUCAGGAAAAGAAAGCGCCCCUGUCCAUCCUGGGUUCGUGUCAGUUCUUUGAAUUUGAGGUCUGCUGCUAUCAUUAUGGCUACUCCGGAAUUACGAGCAGUGGGAUGGUUGCAGAAGUAGUUGUUCGGAUACGAUGCAUAACUGGGGGGCUGAGUCUUCCCUGAAGUGCGUUUCUUGAAGCAUUGCCACUGCGAUAUGUUUUUUAUUUAGUUCCCUCAGCAGGUGCUUUCUGCGUUCCAGGAUGUUCAGUCCCCUACAGUUGAUUGUCAGGACAGACAGUGGCUUGUUGCGGUAUGUCAUGUUUCUUCGCGGUUGUUGGCUCUCACUCUCCAGGAAUAUGGAGUCUAGCUCCCGAGGGCUCCCGGCCCCGCGGCAGAUGCUCCCAGAACCCGUGACCCCGGCACGGACUUGGGAGGGGGGGGUAGGAAGGAGGGUGUUGGGGAGAAAUGUGUGCUGGGGUGCGAGUGUGGUGUGGUGUAAGUUAUGGGAGUGUGUGAGGGUGGGAGGUGUCUCUUAAGGGACUACACAAAUCCCUCGUCUAGUCCUCUAAUAUACAGGGUGCUCGCGCGUCGGUUGGGCACGCUAGGGAGUCGCUCUGGUGACCAGCACCAGUAAUGACCGUACCCGCAGUCCCACCGCAAAAGAAUUUGCAUGGGUCUAGGUUGGGUGACGCAGCUCAGGCCCCGUCCAAAGAUAAGGCAACAAGCAAGGUGUAGUUCGGUCCGCUCCACCGAACCCUUCUCUGUGCAUAAGAUGUAUCAUAUUAUCAUGGUUUCUAUUUACACGUAGCUCGCAUAUUGCCAAACUGGAUAAAACAUUAUGAAAGAAUAAUAAGAGGGUUUGAAUCAACAGUCCCAUAUGCCCCCCACCCCUUCUCUUUACACCUGCAGUACAUCACAUGGUAUUGAACUUCCGGACCCUCUCCUCCCGUCCUGGCUCAACCCGUCCUCUGAGUGUUGUGUUUUAUAGUAUCCUGUGUGUAUAGAAGUCUAUAUCUGUCAUGAGUUUUCUUGACUUCUCCUGGACCCUUCCCUUUGUCAUGUUGGUCCUCUUUCGCAUACCCAGACCCCAAUCCUCUGGCCCCCUCGUCCGUAGGGAUUCCUGUGUCAUUAAUUAGUCUCCAUUUAAGGGUGGGCUAUUGUGUUUCAGGGUGGGGCUAUCUGUCUGUGUGCAGCUAUGCGUUUGGACCACAUGGGGGGGGAGGUUUCUUGUUUAUCUAUCUAUAGUCAGGGUGGUGUCUAAGAUGACCGUGGGUCCAGGUAUCGGUCCCUCCUAUCUAGCUCCCCUCUGUUGGUCUCAUGUACUUAUGCCAUAGGGCAACCCUAUAUGAGGCUCCACUCCCUCCCAGUCAUUUUCGCUUUUCUGUAGCCAGCGUGGUCUGCCUGGUCAGGGUGUUUUUCUCCCGUCGUUUGGGGGUAGUGCUUGGUCAAGUUGGAUUGGGUUGCAUCGGUCCCCAUCUAUUACUGUUAGUGUCUGCUGUCUUUUGGUCCCCAUGUGUGUAGUGUGUUCCUUUCCGUCUUCCCCAUUUCCUCUUUUCCCUAGUACCCCUCCCUGUAGAUCAUUGUUAUAUCUUAAGUUGAGCUAGUAUCCAGGUAUUAGCACUUUGUAUGAUUGCUAACAGGUAGUAACCUAUCACAUGAGGCUGAUCAGGGACUAAGAUCGUAUUGAAUUAAAUGGUGGGGGUUGUCCAUCACCAGCAGUGUGGGGUAUUCGUGUGAGGGCUUUCGAUGCGCCCCCCGUAGCUGCCCCUUAGAUAUUGUUCGUAUACCCCUUGAUGUCCAGGAGUCCCUUUUCUUGCGUUAUGGGGUAAUAUGUCGUUGAGGUAAGUGUAGGUGAGUCCCAGUCUCCCAAGAAUAGUUCUUCCCCAAUUCGCUCCAGGGUAGUGCCGUCUGAUCUCGCUGAGGAGGUAGGUGCCAUCUUGGGGCUUCCCAUGUCGCUGCUCCUGCUGGGUUGGGGCUGUAAAAAUCCGUCAAGGGGGCCUUGUUGUGUGCCCCUCGGAGUCUGGGGGGCUUCCGAGCGUCUGUUGCGACCCAUUUGAUUAGUUUCGCUAAAGAUCAGGUGCUUUCACGGGCACGGCGGAGCAGAGCUGUCCGAUUAUGCGACCAUCUUGUUCAGCGUCCGAGCCACACUCCCCUAAGCAACUAUUUCUUAACCACUCUGAAGCACCUAGUUAUGCCAGUUACUCCACUAUUGUUUAGCAUAGAUCGCUAUUUUAGGCAUUCCUGUUGUUUUCUUUCUUUAUUUAUAAAAGUGUCACGCUCUCUCACAAAGUGACCUUGAUAAUGCAAUAAUGAGAUAUAUAUAAUAGAAUAUAACAUGUAUGCAUGCAGACACUGGAUAUUGAUACCUUAGAGAGGGUUCAGAGAAGGGCUACUAAACUGGUUCAUGGAUUGCGGGAUAAAACUUACCAGGAAAGGUUAAAGGAUCUUAACAUGUAUAGCUUGGAGGAAAGACGAGACAGGGGGGAUAUGAUAGAAACAUUUAAAUAUAUAAAGGGAAUCAACACAGUAAAGGAGGAGACUAUAUUUAAAAGAAGAAAAACUACCACAACAAGAGGACAUAGUCUUAAAUUAGAGGGACAAAGGUUUAAAAAUAAUAUCAGGAAGUAUUACUUUACUGAGAGGGUAGUGGAUGCAUGGAAUAGCCUUCCAGCUGAAGUGGUAGAGGUUAACACAGUAAAGGAGUUUAAGCAUGCAUGGGAUAGGCAUAAGGCUAUCCUAACUAUAAGAUAAGGCUAGGGACUAAUGAAAGUUUUUAGAAAAUUGGGCAGACUAGAUGGGCCGAGUGGUUCUUAUCUGCCGUCACAUUCUAUGUUUCUAUGUUUCUAUGUUUCUAUGGUCCUAAUAUGUUUGUCUUUACUAUAUGACUUAUUCUGUAUAUGUCCAGAAUACAUUACUACAUCUCUUGUUCAAUACCUGCCACAAUAAAACAAAGAUUGACAACAACAACAACAACAACAAAAAUGAUCACAAUCUGUUCGAAGAACUUUUCAAAUGAGUUAUCUACAAAAAUUCCCAUAGACUUUAAUGUUGACUUCCACAGAUAAAUAUUUUGAAAAGUUUUUCUAACAGACUGUGGUCAUUUGAAAAGCUCAAACAAAAGAAUCCAAAAUUACAUUGCGGCCGCAGUGUAUUAUAAUCUUAUCAACCAGUGAAACACAGAUGAAGGGGUUUGGGGUUUAAUCAACGUCUUCCUAAUAAAUUAGUAGGUACUGAGACUUGUUUCAAUAAACAGUUUCACGUUCAAUUACCAGUCAAGUCCUACAAGUUAAAUCUCCAGAAUCAGUUAAUAUAUUAAGACAUUGGAUGAGACAUUAACAUUACUGGCUGCUAAAUUAAAAAUAAUAAAAUGGUAGUGUGGCCACCAGCUGGGUACCUAAAUACUUUCCUCCAGAAAACUGGAAAAAGGAGUGACAAAAUACAUAGAAACAAGAUACAUAGCUGAGAUCCUUCUAUGGUUGGGCAUGGCAUGAUCUAUUAUUUUCUCCUUGUCAACAGUUUCUAUAUAAACACACUUUGUAUUUUACCUUUUCAUUCAUGAUCAUGCCUUUAACUUCUGAACAUAACCAUAGCUGAGGAACAUACUCCUGCCAGCAAUCUAUUUUUAUGGUCUAAUCAUCACUCUGGUCAAUUACUCUCCAGAAUAUUCUGUUAAUAUAUAAUUCUGGCCACUUUUUAGCUAAAAACUCCAGAUGCCAUCACUUCAAGAACAAUCUCCGUCAGUUUCUUAUCAAUAAAAAGAGUCAGUUAUAACAAUUUACAAUUAUUUCCUAUGUGGCAGAGUUAUACAUUUUUUAUGAGAAAUUUUAAAAAAAAACACAUUCCUAUAAUAUUUUUGUAGUAAAUGCAUUAUUGUGGGGAUGUUUUACCAAGCAGCAUACUUAAAUUAGAAUAUUUAAAUGGAACAAAUGAGGAUCUCUCAGGUCUGUUCAUUGCUUUUCUUAGAGAAGCAUCGUGGUCCUAUGGUGCUUGCACGGUUAUUGAAAUGCUUCUCAUAGAGAAUGAUUGACUCCAAUUCCUUUCUACUUUGAACCUUAAAAGUAAGAAAGAGCACAUUCCCUUCUGUCCGACUGACAGCUGAGAGCGGGCAACCUGCAAGUUUUAUUAAAAAAAAAAAAAAGCUACGUGCAUUGCUGUUUUUUUGUGGAUCUACAACAAUGUUUUUUAUCUAGUGGUAAAGUUGGAAAAAAAUAUCCAACAUGGAAUACCAGGUUCACAAAGUAGAGAGGAAAGCUAUGAAGUAAAUAGGAAGGUGAAAAUAGAUAGAUAAUGGAAAGGGAAAAAUAAAUACAAAUAAAAAAUGAAUGAAUAAAUAAAUAAACUUGUCCUAUGCACUACACUCUACCGGUAUCUCAAACCUCCAUCCGAAGUUGAAAAAAAUCAUACUAUACUUCAAUAUUACAGGGGACUCCAUCCUUGUACCAUACCAGGAGUGUUGCCUAGGAGGGAAGGUUCUCUUAAUGUCCUAAAUAUAACAAGUUUGCAUGAACACCCAGGCACCACUCUUGGUAUGGUACAAGAAUUGAUUUCCCUGUAAUAGUGAAGGUUUUUUAUCUGCUGCUUGUUUUGUAUUAUUUUCAUAUAGUUGGUCCCAUAACAUUAUUUGGGAAACAAAAGAGGCAUUGCUAGACAUUACUGUAAGGAGUUUAAUUUACAGUGAACUCCAGUUAUUAGAAAAGUAAAAGGUAAGAAACAGAGAUUGUUUGACUACUUCUCCAAUUUAACUACAUUUUUCAAUUGGGUUUUCAGUUCACUGCAGUUCACCAUUUAUUGAAUAAACAUGAACUGAAAUAUAUUGCAUUUCUAUAUUUUUUUUUAAUCGUAUUAUGUUAUUUGCAAAGCUAUGAAUUGUCAGGAAUUUAAAGUGUAUUGGGUUGGAAAUCUGACAAUUAUUCAUAUCUGGCUAUUUUGACCUAAAAUUUUCAGUUCCAUGUUGAAUUCCUGACACUGCACAGUUUAGUGAAUCUCCUGCAAGUUAUCUAAACACAUCAUUUUAGAAAUAGCAUUUAUACUAUUAUAAUUAUAUUUCAUCCCACAUCAUACUGCAAAAAGAAAAAAAGAAAUCACAGAGGCAGUGAUAUGCCAACAGGCAGUGAUAUGCCAACAGACAUUUACUGAAUAAAAGGGUUACUCCAAGCAGCAUGACCACUUAAAUUUUUGAAGUGGUUAUGGUGUACACUGUUUGUAUGUACAGCGUUUCUGUAUGAUAUGCUGCACAUACCAAGUUUAACCCCUUGGCUGCCAGAUGGGUAACUACUCCUCCUCCGUCAGCAUUAUGGGUUAUUUCCAGGCUGGCUAAAUUCAAUUCUGAAAAUAUUCUGAAAAAUAUUUUGCACAGUAUGCCAUACAUAGGCUGAGAGUGGUCAGCUGACAUUCUCUGGAUUGGCUGGAUUGACGUCUGACUUCUGCAACUCUUUAGAAGUUAGAAGGUCAUUGCCACAGCAGCAGGGAGUCUCACAUGUAAGGGUACAUAUAUAAGAGGUACACAUGUAAGAAGGACAAUGCUUCAAUACUGAGUUUUCUUUACAGAUCAGUCUUUGACAGAGACUGAAUAGACCAUUAGACUCAUUAACCUAAUGUUUACCUCUUUCAUUUUUAUUUCAUUCCUCUCGGAAUGCUUUCUGCUGACAUCCAGGUGCAAAGGACAAAGCUCAUAAUCAUGAGUCACAGAGAGCAUUUAGGGAGGCAACUAGUUGCAGGAAUACGUAGGUGUAGACAUCAACAUUUAAUUCUAUUUUUCUCAAAUGCAUAUUUAUUAAUUAUACAUUAAAUAUACAUCUUUAAUGGAUAGUCAUCACUAGAAUGUGUGAUGGUAAAAUUCUGAAAGUCCAGUAUAUAAAGCUUGGAUGGGUAACACUAAAGUCAGAAUAGCUGGGAAUUCAAAGUGAAAGGUUGUUUUCAUUGAAUUUUUACACCGUUUUUAAACAGCAGUCGACUGCCCUGUCUUGCUCAACUGGAAAAUCCUAAAAGGAAAGCAAGCUUUUGUCAGAUAGAGGUUGGCUUCAAACCUGCAAUAUGGCCUUGUGGCCCAACUAUUGUACUCUUUUUAUUAGGGUAAUGGGGGUUAGGAAUAGGACCCAGCUUUAAAAUUCCAGUCUGAUUUGAAGACUAGAUAAUUUGUGUUUAGUCAAAUUGUAUUGGACUUCCUUCCAGGAUUUACCCAGAAACAAUGAUACAGGUCUAUGUGGUGAGCUGGACAUUUUAAAGCAGAUUGCGUUGGAUUGCAUUACAAGUUUCAACUGUACUAAAAGUAAUCUACCUGCUAAACAGCACUCUAAUUUGAUAUGCUUUGGAAAAAUGGAAAUGAUGGUGCCCAAACUUAAUUUUGCUUCUGGAUUUUUUAUAUUCUAUUGAAUUGACAAUUUUCAAAUGCCAGACAACCCAAAAUAAAAAAAAUUAACAAAUGAAAUUGAAACAAAUUAAAUCGGAUUUUUCACUUAUGCACAUCUCUACUUACCAGGUUUGAGAAAAUUGAUAAAUGGUUAAAAGUUAAUUCCACAUUAUCAGGGCUACUGUAAGCGCAGUCCCUCUGCACCAAGAACGUAACUUUGUGAACUCAUUCUUAUAUGGUUUAAUAUUAAAUCGGGGAUGACGAAGGGGCACACUAAUAACCAAUUCAUUGAGUAGUGGGUUAUCUUUAUACGGUUUUAAAAAAAUCGAUUUGCAUUAAAGACAAAUGAGAUUGAAAGAAAAUUAGAUGUCAUAAUCACAUUUAUUCUGUCAGUAAGAUAUGUAUUGAUUUGUUUCAAGUCAGCCCUAUCCCCAUGAUAGAGCAAAAAUACUUGAAUAUAUUAUUCAGACAUUCAUUUUAUUCUUUACAAUUAUGUAUUACUGAUCUCUACAACUUUCAGAAUUCAAAGAAUUUAAAGUGAAAUAACAAUUGAAGCUUAAAGGACCACUAUAGUGCCAGGAAAACAAACUAGUUUUCCUGGCUCUACAGUGUUAAUAGGUCUCCCCCUCCCGACGGGCUCUACGGAGAGGAAGAGGGAAAAAGGCUUACCUUUCUCCAGCGCCAGGCUCCCUCGGCGCUGGGGACUCUCCUCCCUCUUCUGACGAAUGCGCAUGCGCAGCAAGAGCUGCGCGCGCAUUCCAUUAGUCCACAGGGAAGCAUUUCUCAAUGCUUUCCUAUGGACACAAGCGUCUUCUCACUGUGAAAAUCACAGUGAGAAGCGCGGAAGCACCUCUAGUGGCUGUCAAUGAGACAGCCACUAGAGGCUGGAUUAACCCUAAUGUAAACAUAGCAUUUUCUCUGAAACUGCUAUGUUUACAGCUGCAGGGUUAACCCUAGAUGGACCUGGCACCCAUACCACUUCAUUGAGCUGAAGUGGUCUGGGUGCCUGUAGUGGUCCUUUAAUAUUUUUAAAAGAAGUGAAAGAAUUCUUAAAGGAACAUAUUUAACAUUAAUUGUAGAAAAAUAGAUUUCUGGUGUAUCUAGUUACUGGCUUACAUAACAAUUGAGCUAAAAAUAACGUUUUUUUUUACAGUUUUCUUGUAUUUGGAUAUUUUUAUCUAAAGUUAACAUGAAACCUAGGGCUAAUCAAUGUUGUUAGAGGGAUACAUUGCAAUAUAUUGGUAAUCCAUUGACUCACUGAUACCUAUGUGAAAAUUGUCAAGAAGCAACCUUAAAGGUUUACUCUAAGCACCAAAACAACAUUAGCCGAAUGAAGCAGUGUUGGUGUACAAGCUAUGUCCCUGUAGUCUCACUGCUCAAUGUAAAAAGUGUAAUUAAGCUCAUGGCUACACACACAAUAUAUUAGAAAGUGGAGAAAAAAGCAUGAAUAAAUUACCCAAAAUCUAGCGAAUGCACUUAAGAUGUGUUGGUAGCUGGAGUGUUCCUUCACUAUGGACAAUGGCUAUAACAGUGUAGUAAUCUGUCUAAUGAUCUACUGAUAUAUAUAGUCUGUACAUGUGUCACGGUUUCGGUAAAGAAUUCUCUCAUUUCCUCCAGUCCAAGUAGUAUGCCCUGUACACUGUAACAUUGAGAAUUCCAAUGGAGCAGCUGUGAUUCAGCAUGACAUCCUAUACAGUCUCUAUACCAAGAUCUAUUACACUUGUAAAACCCAAUCAGCUUUGCGUGUACACAGGGUUGGAACUAAACAAGGUAAAAGUGCAAUAACUCAGGUAGUAAAUUAUAUAAUAAUAUCAUAUAUUCAAAUCCUAGGGUUGCAGUUCUUGGCAGAGCUGACUCACUGUCAUUUGAGGUAGAUAAAAUGAAUAUCAUUAAGUUGGGUAAUAGUUAUAUUUGUUAGGACGUGGAUCAAUAUUUAACCAACUUCUAGGCAGGAUUUGACUAGAUGCCUUAAAGAAAACUAUGCAGUAUUAAGUCCUUAUCACAUAUACUACAUUGUGCCUACACCAAUCUAUUGCUUCCCCAUUCUUAGACAAGAGUCAGUCACUAGGCAACAUGUUAAUGCACUGCCAACAAGCCUUUUUUUUGAGUAUAAUCAAUUUCUAUCUUCCUUGUACUAUUUUAUUAUCUGUAAUCUCUUCUGUUUUUGGCUAUAUUCCCACCGUUCUCCAAAUGUCUCUCAACCACAGUAUGUUUUCCCCAUUUUUCUAUCCCCAUAGUUUCUAUCAUCCAAUUGAUUUAUAGCCUUCCAUAUUCACCGCAUUCUAUUUAUUAUACCAUAUAACCUUUCUCUCUGUUUCCCUCCUAUCCUCUAUAACUACCAUCUCUUUUCCACAGUGUGUGCCGCUGUAUGUGCCUGCCGUUUACGUCACCCUGAAUUUCCCUAAUAUUUCAAACCAAAACUCCCCAAACUAUCUCAAACAUCCUUCUGGGUUCAUCAGUGUGUAAUCCUUUUCCAAGCUGUCAUACAACCUGUUUACAAAUGAUAUAUCUACAAAACAUCUCACUAGGUUCACCCAAACCCGAACAUUGUUACUAAUUCCAAAUAUCUCAAAGGAACACUCUGGGCACCAUAACAACCUCACAUGUGUUGUUAUUGUGCUAGGUGAUCCCUGGCACUGGCUCACUUCUGGUGUGGUUAAACCAUUCAUAAAUUAUCAAUCCCAAAAGUCUGUGUUCCAGCUCUGGAUCUCUCUUCCCCUGCCCUUCCAUUUGCUAAAAAGGCUGUAAAACAGGAGAUUAUGAGUACCACUGGCAGGGACGCCGCUGAUUGGCUGAGAUCAGUCAGCUGAUGCUCUCAGCCAUUCAGUGGCUCCCAAUUCACAAAACGUGAGAAAAAUAUGUAUGUUUUUCAAUCUGUUUUUCAAUCAGUGGCACCCCUUCCAGUGGCAGCCAUAAUCUUCCAUUUUAAAUAUUUUUAGCAAAUGGAAGGAAAGGGGAAGAGAAACUUCAAGAAUGGGUUAACCCCUAAAGGUGAGCAGCACCAAGGACCUUAUUAUGGUCCGCAAACCAAAUGGUUCCUUUAAUGCUUUAUGUUUUCACUUUCUAAAUAUUCUUCAGUGUCUCACCUUUUUCAAAAAUCUGCUUUCCCCAGAAUUGUCAACCUUUCCUUCAAUUCGCAAGGCCCACAAUUGUGUCACCUGUCUCUUAAUACCUCGUGGCCCUAAAUCACUUAAAAGCUGGAUUAUCCCCUCAAAUGUCAACCACCAAGUACCUCACAACUCUAUGUAAUUAGUUGCCAAGCCAAAGCAGGGCUUAUCAUUGGAGAUCUAAUGGUUUGAGCUCUGCCUGUGCACCCUCACAUUGAUUGGGGUCUUGAAAUUGGACAGUACUCCUCAUAUGUUACUUAAAUCACUUUCCAUCAUCAUAUAUACUGAGCCCCAAUAUACCGUGUUAAAGCAUUAAAAGUGACCUGUGUGUGCGCACAUGCUCAGAUCUCAUGAUCUGUCACAAAGUAGAGGAAGAAUGAAAAACUAUAUAGAAUAACUCUUGAAUCUCUGUGUACCUAUGCAAUGGAGCAGCAGAAUUUUUGCUAGGUCAAUGAAGGUAGAUUGGUUGGACAGACUGCAUCUAGACUCUUACUUGGCUUUUUUUCUCACUUUUCUUUUUUACCAAAUGUAUUUUUCUCCUCAUUUUCUUCACCAGUUUUCCUCCCUUUUUGCCUUCUCCACAGACUAUUUUCAUCAUUUCAAAUGAAUGAUAACUACCAAAUAUCUCACUUUACCCACAGUGUCUCAAACAUUGAUUGCUACACCGAGUGUCUUAUUCACCUAUCAGCCCUCUGACUGUCUCAGUCCAACCUCAAGUGUCUCAUCAUUCCCUCAAUCUCUCAAUAUUAAGAGUUUUUCAUUCUAUUUUCAAUGUCCUAAUUCCUUCUUAAUUCUCACACUCACCAUGCUGUAAUCCUUUGUAAUGCAUGUGGCACCAACAAAAUUAAUUUAUAGAGUAAUUAUGGGAGAAAUACAAUGGAUAUACAGUGGAACUUAGGAACUUGAACUCUUUUACCUGAACAAUUUGUUAGUAAAACAUAAAAUGUGAGAAAAAAACUUCUUGGUACCCAAACAAAACUAAUACGUUCAACAUGUUUUUAUUGUAAAAUAUAAUUAGGGCUCUCAAGGCCAACUGUGUCAGUCUAUUUCUGUUUGUGUUUUGUUAAUAUGUCUUGUAUCCAGCCAUGCAUAAUUUGUUGGCACUAUAAAUAUAAACUACAAAAAAAAGUUUUGUCUUAUCCUAUCCAAGUCUCUAGAAUGCAAUAUUAAACAAAUUUCCUGUGGGUUUGAUAAGUCUUCAGUACUCAUUGUAGACCUAGGAAGCAAGACUAUAGAUAUAUUUGUAUUUGGGUGUUAAACUGGCCUCUUUCCCUGGGUAUUAUAAUUACUGUUUGAUUAUGCAGUGCCUUCUGGGAGUUGACAUACACUAAAGCUUUAUUCUACCCCAAUUAUUAGUGAUUUUUUGUAAAUGUACCAAUGAUUCUUUAAGGUUGUGUUAGUAAUGAUCUACAUCAGGUAAAACAUAGCCAUGCUAGAAGAAAACUUGAUAAUCACAACGCACAUCGAACUAGACUGUCUGUGUGCAACUCAGACCACAACUGCUGAAUGUUAUGGGGGUGGCUGUUUGUUCGCAUCCUGUUUUGGUGGUUUAUCAAAUAACAGAUUACUACUAGUUGCUAACCACCACAUAAACGUGUGAAACCAUCAAAAAGUAAAAUGAAUCACUUGAAUGGUGUUUUUACCUGCAAAUUGAGACUUGUUGAUGCUAAAUGGUUUUAUAGACAAAACCGCCAGCCGCAUGGGUAUUUAUAAAUGAUUAGUACUAAAAUUGAGAUUUUUACCCAAACACAAAUACUAAUGUCAUUUUUAACGUUUUCACAUGAGAGCAUGAGGAAUCAAUGCAUGCAGUUGGUUUUAAACUCUUUAGAUUAUAUCUGGGAUGCGGUAGCCCAGCUCUCUCAACCUAUCAUGCUUUCCAAGACUGAGCUUAUUUGCAGUUGAUGAUCAAGAAGUGUAGUUUUUACAUUAUCCAUCCAGCAGUACAGGGUCAGGCCUUGAGUGCCAGGGAGAACACUUUGUUUGUCAAACCAAAUAAAUUUGACAGAAAAACCAAGGGAUAACCCAUAAAUCAUAAACAGAUAAUCACUGCAAUGAGCUGGGCAUGGUCAGAUUCACCAUCCCUCCUAUCCCAAUGCCAGUUUUCUUAACCCCUUAUGGACCAGACUGUUUUUGCAAUGUUGUACAUUUGCGACCAGGCAUCUUUUUACACUUUUGUGGUGUUUGUGUUUAGCUGUAAUUUUCCGCUCUCUCAUUUACUGUUCCCAUACAAAUUAUAUAUUGUUUUUUUCAGGACAAAAAGGGCUUUCUUUACAUACCAUUAUUUAUAUAAUCUCAUGUAAUUUAAUUUUUUAAAAAUUUAAAAAUAUGAUGAAAAAUGGAAAAAAAUACAUGUUUUUUGACUUUUACUUGAAAAAUCUUUUACUCAUCUACAAAAGCGAAUGAAAAAAACUGCUAAAUAGAUUCAAAAAUUUGUCCUGAGUUUAAAAAUACCCCGUGUAUACCUGCUUUUUUGCUAUUUUUUUGCAUGUUAUAGGGCUAUAAGUACAAGUAGGAUAUUGCGGUUUCAAAACAUACAUUUUUAAAAUGUAUCAAUAGUGACAUUGUAACACUAUUAUCGCUCAUAAAUCUCUGAAUAACACCCCGCAUGUACAUAUUUUUUAAAGUAGACAACCCAGGGUAUUCAAUAUGGGGUAUGUCCAGACUUUUUUAGUAGCCACUUGCCAAAGUCGCAAACACAGGCCAAAUUUAGCGUUCAUAUUUGUUUGUGUUUGAAAAAAGUAAAAAACUAAAUUGAACGCUAAUUUUGGCCAGUGUUUGUGACUAAGUGGCUACUAAAAAAGACUGGACAUACCCCACUUGCAAUACCUUGGGUUGUCUUCUUUUGCAAAUGGUAUGCCAUCAUGGGGGUAAUUCUCAUCCUGGGCUACCAUACGCUCUCAAAGGCAACGUAACCAACCUGGCCAUUUUCAAUGUAAAAAUAUUUGACCCAUAUAUUUGACCCUGUAACUUUCAAAAACUCUAUAAAACCUGUACAUGGGGGGUACUGUUAUACUCAGGAGACUUUGCUGAACACAAAUAUUAGUGUUUCAAAACAGGAAAAUGUAUCACAACAAUUAUAUCAUCAGAAAAAGUGCUGUUUGUGUGUGAAAAAUGCAAAACAAGUCACUUUCACUGACAAUAUCAUCGCUGUGAUAUGUUUUACUGUUUUGAAUCACUAAUAUUUGUGUUCAGCGAAGUCUCCCGAGUAAAACAGUACCCCCCAUGUACAGGUUUUAGGGUGUCCUAGAAUGUUACAGGAUAAAAUACAGUGCUAGCAAAUUAAAUUCUCUGGACUUUUGGCCUGGGUUGGCAGGCAGGUCCCUCAAAUUGCAAUCAAUAAAUUUACUUAAAUAUGUAAAAAUAUUACAUAAAUAUGCAUGUAGAAUUUAAAUAUAUAUGCAUAUUUAUAUAUUUGAAGUCUACGUGUAUAUUUAUAUAAUUAUUUAUGUAAUUUUGUAUAUGGACAUAUGUAUAUUUUGUAUUAUUUUUAUUUAUUUAUAUAUACAUAGAUAUGUAUACAAUUUCAUUCUAAGUGUAUUUUGAUAUAUAUUGAUAUCAAAAUACAGUUAGAAUAAAAUUUCAUAUAGAUAUAUAAUUUUUUUAAAUUUUUAAUUAUUAUUCUAAUUUUUUUAUUUAAUUUAAAUUACUUAUUAUUUGUAUUUUUUAAUAAUAUAUAUAUAUAUACAAUAUAUAUAGUUAUUAUAUAUAUUAUAUAUAUACGUGUGUAAUUUAAUUACAAGUGUAUUUAUAUAUUAAUAUAUGUACAUAUUAAUAUAAAAAUACUCUUAGCAUGACUUACCUGAGUCCAGCGCCGAUGUCCCUUGGCGCUGGUCCAGGGUCCGCCCACGCUCCUCCCCCGCCGACGUCAUCUGGCAGGGGAGACUGAUUGCGCAUGCGCGGCCGCCGGCGGGGUGAGACCUAAUGCGCAUGCACGGCAAUGCAGCACACGUGCAUUAGACCUCCCUAAAGGAAAGCAUUGAAAAAUGCUUUCAAUGCUUCCCUAUGGGAAUUUUAAUGACUCUGGAGGUGCUCACAUAGCGUGAGGACAUCCAGCGACGCUAUAGCACAGAAAAUCUGUGCUAGAAACCCGGAAGUGCCCUCUAGUGGCUGUCCUCUAGUAGACAGCCACUAGAGGAGGAGUUAACCCUGCAAGGUAAAUAUUGCAGUUUAUGAAAACUGCAGUAUUUACAGUUGUAGGGUUAGGGGAAUUGGGAGUUGACACUCAGAUCACUCCAAUGGGCAGAAGUGGUCUGGGUGCCUGGAGUGUCCCUUUAAUUUCUUGAUUCACUUUCCCACUAAGUCACAUUGGUUUCAAUUUGUUUCUUUUAUAUUUAUUACCCAAUGGUACAUACUGAGAAAUGUACCUUUCUAAUAUUUGCUGGAUAUUCCAUUUAUCCUCAGUGUUCUUUUCGCUAAAGAGUUUAUGCCAGUCAAUAUAUUGUAAAGCUCCCCUUAACUUAUUGAAAUUGGCCUUUUUAAAAUUAUAUGUUUUGGUAUACCCUACGUGCUUUUGUUUUUUUAGUUUAUUUCAAAGGACACUAUAUUGUGAUCACUCUUUCCCAAGUGCUCACCUACUUGAAUGUUGGACAAAAAAUCACCGUUGUUUGUUAGAACCAGGUCCAGACAAGUAUCCUCUCUAGUUGGUGCUUGUACAAGUUGUGACAUGAAGGUGUCAUUUCAACAAGUUCAAAAACCUAAUUCCCUUUGCUGAAUUACUAGUCCCUCUGUCCCAGUUUAUGUCCGGGUAAUUCAAAUCUCCAAUAAUUAACGUGUUACCCAGAUUUGCAGAUUUCUUAAUUUGCUAUUGUUCCUCAUCAUUAUUAACAUUAGGUGGUUUAUAACAUAUUCCAACCAAUAACUGAUUUCCCUUCUUUUGCCCUAAGCAUAUAUUUACCCAUGAAGCUUCCACAUGUUCCUAAUUACUUUCCACUUGCUUAAGAUUUGGCUUUAACUCAUGGUUGACAUACAAACAUACCACACCACCUUUCCUGUUUUGUCUAUCCUUCCUAAAAAGUGUGUACUUAUUUAAGUUAACGGCCCAGUUAUGUGUCUCAUCCCACCAUGUUUCAGUUAUGCCUAUUACACCCCAUUGUUUAGUGUAUGCUAUUGUCUCAAGUUCCCCCAUUUUGUUAUUUAAGCUCCUUGCAUUAUUAAGCAUAAAUUUGAUAUUAUCAUGAGUCACUUGUACUUGUUGUGACUUUUUAUCAAUAUUACAUACCUCCUCUGUCCUGAGCUUGUCCCUCCCCCAUCCCCUCCCCCCUCUUAUACUCAGCUCUAGCCCAUCUCCUUUUUGUCCUAUCUCCAUUUUCUAGAUUGCCAUCACCCCCCCCCCCACCCACUACAAGUUUAAAAUCUCCUCCAAGCUUCUAGCCAUCCUGUCCCCCAGCACUGUAGACCCUCUCCCGUUUAGGUGCAAUCCAUCAUUUCUAUAAGGGUUGUACCCAAGUGCAAAGUUGGCCCAGUGCUCUAAAAACUCAAAACCCACACCUGCACCAAGACUUCAACCACGCAUUGACCUCUCUAAUCUCCCGCUGCCUUUCCACUGUAGCGUGUGGCACAGGUAAUAUCUCAGAGAAUACCACCUUGGAGGUCCUUUUCUUAACUUUGCUACCUAAUUCCCUGAAAUCGUUCUUUAGGACCUUCCAUCUUCCUCUAACUUUGUCAUUGGUACCAGAAUGGACCAUGACUGUUGGGUCAUCCCCAGCCCCUACCAAUAAUCCCUCCACUCUGUCAGCAACAUGCCAGACCUGAGCACCCGGGAGACAGCAAACUGUCCGGUUGACCCGAUCAGAGUGGCAGUUUACCCUAUCUACUCUCCUAAUGAUAGAGUCCCCUACCACUACAACCUGUCUAGCCUUCCUUACAUUUUCAUCCCUCGGCUGUUAGAAGGAACAGUUUCCUCUCCCAACAUCUUCACUCAAACGGACAAAUCUGCUAGGUUGCACAAACUCAAGAUUAGCUAGCCCUUUCCUCUUCCCAACCCCCCCCUCCCCACUACCUCACCCACUGUCACCCAGCUACGUGCCUGUUCCCCAUCUGUCUUAUCUCUUCCCACUACACUACCUGUCCCCACUAAAUUCUGCUCAGUGAACAGCAGACUCCUCUCAAGAUUAUCGAUCUCCCUCGAUGUUGCAAUUUGCUUCCGGGAUCUCCAAUCUGAGCUUCCAGAUAAGCCAUUCGCACACCUGUCACAGGUGGACCCUGGACAGAUACAUCCAGCCAUUUAUACAUGCAACAAGAUGAGCAUUGAGUCAAACCAGCAAUCUUGCUAACACUUAUUUUCCCAGAUACAGAACAGUAACACAAUUACCUUGCUGUUUUAAACCCCUUGUUAGUUUAAACUCCUGUUUUUUUAACUCCUACUUAACAGAGUCGGCUUUUAAGCAAAUGUGAGCAAGCUCAGUGAGUUAGGGGUGUGCUCAUAUGGGAAUACAAAUCCCACACAGGUGGAAAUUAAGGAAAACUCCCCCAAUUAACCAAGCAGCAGCACAAAUGAGGUUUAACCCCUAAAAUGGUUUAACCCCUAAAAGGGAGCAAGUCAGGACCUCCUGGCACCAUAAUAAUUUCAUUUAGAUAACAUUUUUAUGAUGCCCGGAGUGUCCCUUUAAGAUUAAAGUAGAUGAACCGGUAGCAUAGAUAAGAUAGAGAGUUAUACCAGUUGGGCUAUAUUGGCCAUAAAUUUGACCUCAAAGGAAUACAAUCAAGUGUCAGUAAUCUAAACAUUCAUUCCUAACACCAUAGUGUUAAACUAACUAUUUACAUCCUUGGCGCCCACUUAGAUCUAAUUAAAAAGGAGAUAUUACUCACCUUUUCUCUCACAAUGCACCAGUCUUGCUGUUUGACUGUUUGACUGUUUGACGCCACCUCCAUGAGUGAGAUCAUCAACCUAGAUUAUCUCAGUCUAUCCAAUGCUUUCCCAUAGGCAAGCUUUGGGAGGCUAUGGUGCAUGCGUGGAAAAACGCCACGCUGCGCCAUUCAGUAUCUUCUCAUAGGAGGCAUCUCUAUGGGGAACGUUCAGCCCCUCCAUGCAAAGGGUGGAGACGCUGAAUGCAAAUGUGCAACACUGUACUAAAAAGCAUCUCUAGUGGACGUCUGAGCAACAGCCACUAGAGGUGUUCAUAGGAAGCAGGCCUAGACUGGCCAUCGGGCAAACCGACAAAUGCCCGGUGGGAUGCAAUGGCCAUGGGCUGAGGCUAGCAGAGAUCAAAAAAUCUCCCCUGCUGGCUCAAGUAUAGCAGAUUGGCCCCGAGAGAGGGUCAGAAGAGCUCCUUUCCCUCAUUGUCUGGAAGGGAAUUUGGUAAUGGAGUAAAGGGCCUCCAGGCUGCAUGCAGGGCAACUCUCUUGCGAUCUCCGAUAUUAUCAGAGGAUUGCCGGGGUAACCCACGGCAACGCUGUGAAACUCCAGCUCUCCCUGCGGAGGUACAGACCACAUCACUAGCCCACUGGAUCACCCCCUGCAAGGUAAUAAGGGGAAAAGGAAGUAAAUAUGUAGUUUUUUUUAUUUUAAUUUAAAUAAUGAAAUAAGAAAAUGUAUUAUUUAACUCUAUCCAGCCCUUAUAUACAUGAACUAUACCCCACCACUUACACAAUACGCCUAUAUAUACACCCCCUAUAUACACACUGCACCUACACACUACACCCUAUAUAUACACCCCUUAUAUACACACUGCACCUACACAUUAAACCCUAUAUAUACACCCCCUAUAUACACACUGCACCUACACACUAUACAUCCUAUAUACACCCCCUAUAUACACACUGCACCUACACACUACACACACUAUACACCCUAUAUACACCUCCUAUAUACACACUACACACUACACACACUAUACACCCUAUAUACACACUGCAACUAAACACUACACACACUAUACACCCCCUUUAUACACAAUACACACCUAUAUACACACACACACACUACACCCCCUGCACACUACACCCCCUGUACCAACACACUACACCCCCUGCACACUACACCCCCUGUACCAACACACUACACACCCUGCACCUACACACUACACACCCUGCACCUACACACUAUACCCCCUAUACAUACACACUACACCCCCUGCACCUACACACAGUGGCGUACCUACCAUGGUUGCAGGGGUCCCGGCUGCCGCCACAACCCCUCAGACCAUGGGCCGCCUAGAUGCCGCCCCCUUGGUGUUCCCCCUGUCAUAGGGGGGUCCAAGAGGUGGCCCACUGGCCACCUAAUGGACCCCCCCGGCGGGCAGCAGAGAGAGUCUGAUGUGGUGAGGGAGCUAUGUUCUGUCUGCUCCGCUCCCUUGUGUGCCGUUUGCUGAUGCUGGGAGCCAGAAUAUGACGUCAUAUUCCGGCACCCGGCAUCAGCAGACAGCCCGCGCGGGAGCAGAGCAGAAAGAACACAGCUCCCUCGCCGCAUCCGACAGGAACUCUCCCGCCCGCUGCACUGAAGCCCCUCUGGACAGAUCCAAGCCAGCUCUCCAGGUAGGAAGGCUGAGUGGACAUUAAAUAUUAAUAAUUUGUGUGUGUCUGUAAGUGUAUGUGUCUGUAAGUGUGUGUGUGUGUGUCUGUAAGUGUAUGUGUGUCUAAAUGUGUGUGUGUGUGUCUGUAAGUGUAUGUGUGUCUGAGUGUGUAUGUGUCUGAGUGUGUGUGUUUAAGUGUAUGUGUUUUAGUGUAUGUGUGUCUGGAUGGGUGUGUGUCUGAGUGUGUGUGUGUCUGUAAGUGUAUGUGUCAGUGAGUGUGUGUGUGUCUGUAAGUGUAUGUGUGUCUGAGUGUGUGUGUGUGUCUGAGUGUGUGUCUGUGAGUGUAUGUGUGUGUUUCUCUGCAUGUGUCUAUGUAUGUCUGUAUGUAUGGGUAUCUGUGUGUAUGUUUGUAUGUAUGUGAUUGCAUGUGUAUCUGUUUGCAUGUGUGUGGGGGGGGGCGGGGACAUUUGGGGUAGCAGGUAGAUGUAUGGGGGGCCCCAGGGCAAUUUCUAUUUAUGCCUCUGCCUACCCACACUAUAUACACACUACACACUAUACCCCCUGUGUACAAACUACACCCCCUGCACUCACACACACACACACUCUAUACCCCCUAUACACUGCACUCCCUAUAAACACACACAUUACACCUCCUGCAUACAUACAUACAUACAUACAAAUGCACUACACACUCUAUACCCCCUAUAAACAUCCCACCCAUACUAUGCCCAUAUACACCUCCUGUGUACCCACUGUACCCCUAUGCACACACUACUCCCUUAUACACACUAUGCCACCUAAUAUUACCACACCAAUAUACACAAUGCCACCCCCUGCAGCUCCUAGCUUCACAAAUACAGUCCUUACAUGCAAACGCAACACACCACACACGCUCUAAAGGCCCUAUAAACACACACACACAUAAUAUACAGCCCAAAAACACACCUAUACACUACAGGCUAGCUAAAUAUUAUAUACAUACAUUUUUGAAAAGGCAAUGUUUACAGUGAUCAGCCUGCACAGACAUGUUAUACAUGCCAGAACAACUAUAUUAAGCUGCAGUGGAUCUGGUGAAGUCACUUAAGUGAAUAACCCCUGUUAUUGUUUAUCAGAAAUAUCAAAAUAUAGCUUAGUCAGUAUGAGUAACAGUGUUUACCGUAGUUCUUUGGUGUCUGCUCAUAAAUCAUGCAGGGUGUUUUUUGCUAUACUGCAAUGUUCAACAUAAGCUUUACAUCAUGCUCAUAACAUGCUUCUGUUUUUGGCUCAAUUUCAUUAUUUUUUACAUUACAGCGAAAAGAAAAUGUUCUCUACCAAAGCCUGAAAAUGUAACAUACUCAAACUCAAACAAUAUUCUGAAUUGGGCAGCCCCAAACAUUUCAGGAUCUAACAGAGACUUGCUAUAUACUGUGAAGUAUUUAAUGUAAGUUAAACCUAUUAUAUGUUUAGCAUUUAUUCUUAGAUUACACUAUGCAAAACAGCUUGAAGAAUAAUAAGUGUAAUUAUAUUAAAGUAAAGUUUAGGUUGAGAAUCUAUCUAUCUAUCUAUCUGUCUAUCUAUCUAUCUAUCAUACUUAUUGCAUAAGUAGCAGCUCUACUGGCGAGAAGUGACAGCACAUUUCAGAUGCCCAUCCCACACAAGUGGCACACAAUCAGUGACGUGUUCAGUAACAUAAACCAUUAGAGGCAUAUUUCCAUACCUACUUUGUGUAAGUAUGCCAGAGCCCCUCCAGUAGAAUGUACUUUUAGGCCACAUAUUUGGUAGUGCACUGUUAGAUAGAUGGGUUUAUUUGAUACAUUUGGGAAUUUAAAAUACAAUGUAUUGCAAUAUGAAAAAUUGUGCAAAUUUGUAAAAGUGUGGCAAUCAACCAAUGGGAUGUGUCUGCUUAUCCCACUGGUUUUGAUGGUGUUUGCACCACUUUUACACUCUUGCCUCACUUUUUAGUUCACAGAACUUUGAUAAAUCUCCUUCAUUGUUCAUUAUUCAUUGUAUGCUGUAUUUUUAUAACUUUUCAGGUCUGUUUGUUUUUGUCUUUUUUUUUUGUAUUAUCUAAAAUCCUUCUUUCUCUCUGUACAGAUAUGGUAAAGGAGUCUGGGAAAUUGUGAAUGGGUGCAGAGAACUCAAUAGAACCUGGUGUGACUUGUCAAAGGAAAUCCCUUAUUAUGACUAUUACCAUGCUAAGGUUUAUGUGACUGGCAAAUGCUGUUGCACCUCGGAAAAAACAGAGAGGUUUUUUCUAAAACGUAAGUGCUUGUUUAAGUUUCUGGAAAAAAAAAAUGUAUUACUACUUACCAGACAUUUAAAUUCCUGGUCAUAGGCCCAACAAUGGUUGCUACUCCCUAUCCCUAUGUAGAUAGGAACCUAAAUAAAAGAAAAGGUAUAAAUGAUCAUUUCCACUCCUCUGACACUUAGUCUUGUUUCAAGCAAUAUUCUAGGAGAGGAUCAUUGUGCUACCAUGAACAGGAAAAGGAAAUUAGGGUAAGUAUGAAUAAAUGUUCUCUUUUCUUGGUCAUAUCCAUGGCAGCACAACAAUGAGUAAUGCCCAACCAAUAAUCAAGAGAGGGAGAAGACAAAACACACAAUCUGAAAUUACCAAAUGCAAAUGUAUUGAAAUAACCAAAGUAACAAUCCAACGAUGAAAAAUAUUGUACAUAUUUACAAAUUAGAUACCGAAAGAAUACUCUUACCAAAACUAUCAAAUUCACCCACUCUGACAUCCUACUGUAAUGCCUAAUAAAGGAGUUAACAAAGGCCCAUAUAGCUCUACAUAUCAGUACUGGAGAAACUUUAAAUGAGACAGUCCAUGAGGAUGAAAGGGACCUGGUAGAAUGAGCCUGAAGUCCAUCAGGAACAGGAACACCUGAGACCUGGAUAAUGGCAGAAAUAAUCCAUUUACUAAUGGCCUCUCCUUGCCCCACUAGGGAUAACAAAUAGUCUUUGUGACAUACGCCAGUAAGAAUCUAUAACCGUAGAGCCAUUAAUGUCUUACCAAGCCAAGUGCAGAGGAUUCUAUUUCUUUUUUUUCAAUAUGUCCUUAGUAGAGGGAUUUUGAAAUAUUUUUAGGAGGAGCCCAGAAAGAGAAGCCAUCCCAUUCUCUGUAAUAUGCCACUGAAGUAGAACUCCUUCUGGCUUGCAAAAAGAGUGCCAAUACAUCAUAGAUGACGUCAUUGUGCUCGGGAGAAAAAACAAAACUGCACAUGCAUCAGGACAACGGUACCAUUGCAGCUCCUGAAGUCCACCACAUUUGGGGGAGGCUAAAAACACUGUGAAAAUGCUGUGAAAAUGCCGUGAACAUCAGGAAAAAAGUAAAUACUUUAGAAUUGUCGAAAAACACCAGAAGCAACCCAGGAAGCAAGGAACCAGGAUGCCUGCAAAGAGAAAAGCUAACAGAAUCAACCAGGAAAAUACAUAUAUUAAAUGAAGGUAUACAUGUAAAAAAAAUAUGCAUAACAGCAUGCAACACUUGCUACCCCUAGGCUCAAUGCAAGCUAUCCCUAUAUAUAUAUCUAUAUAUAUAUAUAUAUAGAUAUAUAUAUAUAGAUAUAUAUCUAUAUAUAUAUAUAGAUAUAUAUAUAAAGGGGAACUGUCAGGGGAACACAUUUGUACAGAGCCAUAAUCUGGAAGAGAGGAUGAAAAAUGUUUAUAGUCAAAAAAUUACAGAGUCUGUCCUAUAGAGAUAUGAACUAAUUCACUAAGGAGUGGAAGGGGUAUUUAUAUGUUUUCUUUUAAUUUUCUUCCUGUCUAAUUAGGAAUAGGGAGGAUCUACCCAUUGUUGUGCCACCAUGAAUUUAGCCAGGAAGUGUGUGUGUGUGUAUAUAUAUAUAUAUAUACACUCCCUCUUUGCUCUUUGAAUUCUGUGGUUUUACAUAUCAGGACAUAAUCAUCUGUACCUUAGCAGAUUGUAAGAUUAUGUAAAUACAACAGAGGAACAACAACAACACAUGACAUAUUACACCGUGUCGUGAUUUAUUUAACAAAGAAACAAAGCCAAAAGGACAAGCCAUGUGUUAAAAAUAAGGACACCCUUAUUGCUUCCAUAGAAAUUAAGAGGCUACAUAAAUUGAUGUUUAGUAAAUAUCCUUGAUUAUUGAUCGAAUUAAAAAAAAAACAUAAUUAACAAUGCCACUAUUAAAAAACAAUAAUAACCUGAUUCGCAAAAAUGGAGGAAAUAAAUUAAAAACAAAUUAAAAGCAACAUAAAUAAAUCCAUGUGAACUCUAUGUUGGCUCCAUGCAUAAAGAGGUUUCAAUAAAGGAAAAACCUUUAUAAAGGCUUUCCUACAUUUUUAAUUCUCAGUAGAGCACCCUGAUUGUUUUGUUUUUUGUGGCAUGCAUUGGCCAGCUGCCAUUGAGUUAAUCCUCAUGCCACUCAGGUAUUUUUUAAAAUUAUUUGUCCACUGGCUGCUAACACUGUCAGCAGGCAUAGUCCAGAUUUGCAGCAUCCGGGCUCAGAUUUUAACAAUCUGGGCCCAGAUUUCAGCUGCACCAAGCAUUACUGGAAAUCAGGAUUUUCUAUUCUGAUUUCAGAGUUUAGUGAAAGGUGAAAAGGUAUUCCUGACCGUAUAGUGUUAAAAACACCAUCUAGUUCCUUUGUCCCCCAUUGACACCCUAAAUAUAGUAAAAUGUUACCUUUAUUCCAGUCUGCUGCUGCUGGCUCUGCCCCUGAUCUGCCUGCGUGGCUGACAUAAUCACAAGUGGUGACCUGAGCCAAUCACCAUGCUCUCCCAUGCGAAAGCAGUGAAUUGGCAGAGCCAGGACAAAUCAAACACGGUCCUGACCAAUUAGCAUCAUUUCAUAGAGAUGCAUUGGGUCAAUGCAUCUCUAUGAGGAAAAUUCAGAGGGUAUCCAUGCAGAGGCUGGAUACACUGAAUGACAGUACUGCACACUGUGCAUCACUGCCCCAUGAAGCACAUGUAAUAGUGAUCUGAGGAGUGGCCAUUGGAAGUAUCCCUAUGCUGUAAUGUAAACAUUGCAUUUUCUCUGAAAAUACCUUGUUUACUACAAAAAGUCCGAAGGGACUGAGAACAAAUACAAUAAGUUGUCAUUGUUCUGGUGACUAUGUUGUCGCAUGAACCUAUAACUUAUGUUUACAAUGUUUUUUAAGAUGCUCAGUUUUUUUCUAUUAAAUUUUAACUAAAGGUUAAUUAUAGCACAUAAUAACACAGUGUGGACUAGGCAAAGCCAGGUCAAACAUUACAAAUAAAGAGAAGAAAAAGUAACCUUGUUUAAUUUCUCCUCUUCUCUGUAUGCAUUUUUUGUACCAAGGGUGUCCAAAAGGUAGAUCACCAGAUGUAUUAAAACUACAGCUCCGUGGUGCUUUAUCAUUCCGAAGGCAUGCAAAGCAUCAUGGCAGUUGUAGUUCUACAACAUCUGAGGAUCUACCUUUUUGGCACUACUGCUCUACACUAACUGCCAGUUUCAAAAGACAAAGCUUAUAACAAUGACUGAGAGAGAGCUAGGAUGGAGGCAACCAGUUGCAGGAUAAAGAGGUUUGGAUUUCUACAUUUAAUGUUAUUUUUCACACCCCACAAACACAUCUUUGUUAAAUAUUGGGUUAAGUAAACGUAUUACUUAAAAAUCAUGGGAAGUAACUGUUCCCUUUUAAUGUUUCUUGUAUAUGUCAUCAAGUUAGGGGAGGUGUUUAUGGUGUUCAUUCUGCUGAUGCUGAUAUCCAAACUCCAAAGAGAAAUACUUUGGGUAUUGGGUAAUUAUUAGAAAAAUAUUUUCACUUCAUUUAAGGUGUUGCUAAAUGUCUGCUAAUCUUGUUUAAACACAAUGAUUUCUUUUCAGUAGGAUUGUGUUUGCUGAAGCUUAGUGGUUAACAUAAUGUAUAGAGCUGUUGGAAUGUGUUUGCUUUAACACCCCUAAUGGCUUAUUGGCAACCUUUAAAAACCUGUAACAUCCCCCUAAAUGUUCUAAUGCAAACAUCUUUUUCUGGUUCAUUGGUGGGACUUAUGGUUCAUUAUUUUAACCUGUUAAAAUAAUACUUGAUUUUGUCAGACAAAUAGAAUGCAAAACAAUAGUGAUACAACAACCCGAUAUAAACAAAAUAAAAAUGUAAGAGUUCCAUAAAAAAACAUAAAAAUUUAAUACUUUAAAUAAGUAUAUUGCCAUAACGACAUUUUGGAAGAAAUAUAGACAUCUGCAACAAUUUCUGCCAUGUCUAUCUUUAUUACCUGUACUACCCAGGACUAAACUAUGACAAUAAUGUGGUCCAUGAACUUGUUGCCAGAAUCAGACUAGCCAUUAUUGUUCUCCUUUUUUUUUUUUUUUUUAACCUUUCCCUGGUGUCUUUCCUCCUCAUAGUUCUCUGCAACUGUAAUGCAUGGGAGUUAUAGAGGCAACCUAAGUUGUUUUUUUUUGGGGAGGGGGAGGGUGGUGGGGGGUUUAAUAGCAAAAUGCCCUUUACACCUUGUGUGAAUUUGUAGGCAAUUGGGAACAUUGAACGAUCUGUACUGCAUAAGCACAGCUACUACUUUUUUUUUGUUAACAUUUGAUUGCAUCAAUGAUAUGAUGUUGGUAUUCAUUUGAUCUACUGCAUUAUCUUAUUUUAUUUCCUAGCUGUAAUUUCACCUCCAGAAGUCAAACUGAUUCCAGGCGAGAAAUCCUUUACCAUAAAUGUUUCUAAUCCUCCUGAUCCAAAUAUAUUUCCAAACCUUGAGUAUCAGAUUUUAGUGAAAAACACAAAUACUAACAAUGUUGUAAGUAUGGAGAAAUAAGUAGCAACUGUGGAUAAUUUAUAAUGCAUGGUUACAAUGAAGUGGUUAUUUGAUGACUUUUAUUAGAAAGAAACAUAAGGCACACAUACACUAAAUAAUCAUAUUUGUCAGACAGCUUGAAGACUUUCAUUUAUUCACUUAAUUCCAAAUUAAAGUCUAAAUGGCAAAAUAUGCAGAUAAACAGAUAAAAGAUGCACACACUAACACAUAUGCAGAUACACACAGUGACAUGCAUACAUGCAUACAUAUACAGACACGCAUAUACAAACACUGACACACAUGCAGAUACACACACACACUGACACACAUGCAGAAAUUCAGACACACACACUGAUAUACAUGCAAAAACACACACACAUAUACGAACACUGACACACAAUACACAUACAGAUGCAGAUGCAAACACUGAAACACAUGCAGAUACACAGACACACAUGUAAAUGUACAGACACACAGAUACAAACACUGAUACACAUACAUUUGCACAGACACACUGAGACACAUCCAGAUACACAGACAGAUAGAGACACAGAUACAAACAUGGACAUAUAUAUAUAUAUAUAUAUAUAUAUAUACACACACACACAUGUAGAUGCACAGAUACAUUGAUACAAACAUUAGCACAUGCAUAAAAACACACACACUGACAUACAUGUAGAUGCAAAGAGAUACAAAUAUAAACACUGACACACGUACAGUUGCCCAGAUAUACUGAUACACACUGACACACAUGCAGAAAGACAGAUACAGACAAUGACACAUGUACAGAUGUACAGACUCACAGAUACAAACAGUGACACACUUACAGAUACAGACAAACUGAUACAAACAUAGACAUGCAGAUGCAUACACUGAAACACAUGGAGAUACACAGAUACACACACACACAGGUCAACAUUUUAGCCACCCUCUAGUUUCCUACCAUGCUUGUGCCCCCCUCCCACCGCAUGGCUGGGUCUAUGUCAGCUGGAAGAAAGUCACCAACUCUAACUUCCUCUCAGCAUUCCCUGGAGAGAAGAAGGGGCCCGGUCGCACUGUUAAAGCACUGCAGCACAUGACUGGGAUCCUGCAUGGGCCACCCAAUGGACCCUCAGCCUGUAGUUCCCAACCUCAGUAGUACAGCUUCACUGCCACUAGCGGUAGAACCGCCAAUACCUACCCAUGGAGGAACUGGAUUGUAUCCCUCUGGUAUGUGGACCACAAGUUCGGAGCCCCUGAUCUAUCGUGGAUUAUUCUGAGUUACAAACCUGCUUUUAGUUCACCAAUAUUCUUGGGAUUUCUUGAUUUUUAAUUUAUAUCACAAAAUCUCAGUUGGGUUUAUGUCAGGACUGAGCUACAGCACUACCUUAUUAUGUAAGUACUUUGACUAUUCCAUCCAAUUAGACACUUACAAGCCCUGUGGGAUUCCUGGAGGCUGCUCGACUCAAAUCAUUAGAUUGUGUUUUGUUUUUCUACAUUACCAGCCAUUAGUUUAAUGUGUGUUUUGAGUCACAAUCUUUCUGAAGAGCAAAGGGCCCAACUGGCAGUGUGUUGGCAAACUGGCCCAUCACUUUAACAUACUCAUUAAGUUUCUUAAGCUUUCUAUGAACAUGGACAUUUUGGGUGACAUUAUUUAUCCAUGCUGAUCUAAAGGGACCAGUACAGCAAGAAAGCAGAUCUGGACACAUCUUCUUAAUAUUAUGAACUAAAAUGUGUGAUUUGUUGGAAAUUCAAAGUUAAAUUUUAGACUAAAAUAAGUGAAUGAAACAUUUGCAGAACAUUUUUAAUUUGCUUUGAUUUACCUUUGAAUUCUUAUCAGUUUUAUAAUUUAGUGAAUAACCCUGAGGUCUGUCUUCACUGUCUAAGUGUGUCCUAAAUUAUAAAUAGCGUGAAUGGUUAAAAUUGUAUUUCCUUGUAUAACUGAUCAUAGUAUAAAGAGAGAUUCUAGCUCCAGAGACUCCUGAUUAGCAUAUUUGUGAUUGAAAAUAUUUUUUGCUCAUCUUAAAAAUAAGCACAUAUAAGUAAACAUUAAAAGAUAAAACUUGAUGCACUUCACAUGACUAACGAUUAUUACAGUUUACAGCUGACUCUCCAAGGUUAAAGCUCUAUAAGGGUGAGUAGAAAGAACAGACUAAUUUGUACAGUCUAAAAAUCUGCACCCAAAAUAUAUGCUAUACCUGAGGAACCAAUGCCCAAUAUUGCCAUUACCAUAUAGCACGUUAGAUAGCUAGAUAGCACAGAUAGUCAUGAAAUAUAGUCCUUUUUCUUGGGAUAGAGCAGUAAUUAUUAUCAUAACACAUGUAGGUCAGUUGCAUUAUUCCUGUUAACUACAACCAUAUUUGGAAUGGAUUGCUUCUAUAAUUUAGCAAUGUUAAUGAUUGCAUUUCUUCAAAUUAAUGCAGCUAGAACUCUUCAUGAUAUUUUAGGUUGCUUAGACUAAAAAGAAUAAAGUAAAAAAUAUGUUUCUCUUUUAGUGGAGUACUAAGAAUUUUUUGGAAAACAACUUAACCCCAAACACCACCUACUGUGUUACUGUAAUUUUGACUUAUGGCGAAAUUGAAAAAAUAACGAUUUCUUCUCCAAACGUGUGUGCCACUACUCCAGAAGGUGAGAUAUUUAAAUUAUGAAGCAGGAAUAAUUCAAUGUGUUUAGCUUGCUAUGAUUGCUAGUUCUCAUUGGUCAUGAUUUACAAUGUAUUUGUUUAUUUUUCUUUUUUUCUUUACCAUCUUCUGGAUCUUAGACUUUAAAAUAGAUUAAGAAGUCAAUUCUAUAUUUGUUAAACGAAUUAACAUCUUUGUUGAAGUGUUUUGAAGUGCUAAUGGUGGUAUGAGCCUGGAUUUGCUGUGUUUCUAUCUGAACCACUGCACAUCCUGAAUUAUUGUUAAUUGGGUGUUGGGGGCCAGAUCCACUCUGAAGACAUGUGACUUAGGCAGCCCAGAACUCUGGCUACUUAAUGUCAGUUAUGUGCAUAGUGUCAAUUCUGCACACUGCAGGCAGACAUACAAAUCUUGCUUCCCCCUCACUCCCUCCCUUGUGUGCUCCCUCUCGACCCCCUGUAAAUUGAAUAAGGUUUUUUUGUUUAUUGAUUUUUUUAUAUUAACCUUCCCUUCUCCCUCCGCUCACCUGAUCAGAUCGAUCUGAGCCUCUGAAAUGGUCCAAUUACAGUCUUCUCUAUGUCAAAGAGUUAUAGUUCUACAACAUAUGGGUAACUAACAUUUGGUCAUUUCUGCCAUAUUGAUUGAAGUAACAGUUGUGUGCAAUAACUCUUCUACGAUACCAUAGAGAGGAGUGACCAAAAAGCAUUUCCCCAUGAUUUGAAGAUGUGUAUAUAUAAUUAGUUCUCCAGCUGUGUCUCUCAACUUCACAGUAUAUCUUUAAGCAACUCCUUUUGUCCUUGUUGCCCUAUGCCCUUCACUACCCUGGUAUGAACGCACUCUAGAUAUUGGCAACUAUACUGUAAACAAUUGACAACUGAUCAGUGAAAUUACAUUUUUGUCCUAAACAGAUUAGUUGAAAACAGCUGAGCUGGAAGUCCUGCAAAAAUGGUUCAAGUUGGAAUUUGGUAUUUUAUUCCAAAAAACACAAUAGGAAAAGCUACUCUGUUUUCUACCCAAAACCUCCAAAUUCCCUGGAAAAUCCCCAAAAGAGGACAAUGAGUGGUUUAUUAAUUAACCCUGCUUUCCUCUCCCUCCUAAUCAAUAACUCGAGCUAUCUUUGAAGGACCAAGUGAUAGUAGACAAAGCACAUAGAAUCAGCUAGACUUGAGCCUUGGUGAGGAUCCUGUUUGGCCCUGAAAUCAUUAUGGAUCAGCAAGUAUGUUUCACUGCCAUCAGGUCAGUCAGUGGGAACCUAAUUUUGAGGUCUUGCUGAAUAUUACUAAGGGAUAGUUAGUUGAUGACACCCAGAUUUUAGGCAUUAUAAUAUUAAUGUAUCUUACAUAGAUGUAUAUUUUCAUAAAAUAAAAUUGAAUCAUGGGUGUUCUUUUCCAGCAAUAGAUGGAGGGACAUAUUUGAAUGCACAGAGCACUAUGGAAUUUCAGUACACAUCAUUUUUCAACAUUGUCAUUAUCAACUCUCAGAUUUUAGGGGCAGCUAAUCAAUAUUGUUUUAUUUAUUUGCUACAAGAUGAUACAAUGAUUUGAAACAUUUGAAAUGGUAUAUUCAAGAAUGAAUGGGCCUAUUGUAAUAUUACAUUGUUUCUUUUCAGAUCACAGUUCACAUGAAGCUGCUAAACUUAUAUCUUUAAUUGCUUUGCCAUUUCUGAUCAUUGUGUUAACUGUAGCCACAGGAUAUCAUAUUUUUAAAUAUGUGCACGUCAGUCAAUUGGCACAUCCUUCUAUUCUGGUAUGUAUUACUCUUUAUUACUUAUUAAGAUGCAUUAACUCAUGGGGGACUGCAGGGCCAUUGGGACAUUGUGUUGCCUGGUUCUAAGGGUGAAAUGCUGCCCCCCCUCAACAAAACCAUGCCCACAUCCAUUAUGUUAUGCAAUGUGUGUAGUGAAUACAGUGCCUGUGUGUGGGCUGGGGGUGCAGUGCAUGUGCAGGGGGUGUAUUGUGUCUCUCUGUGUGUGCAGGGGAUGUAUUGUGUCUCUGUGUGUGUGCAGGGGAUGUAGUAUAUUUCUGUGUGUGUGCAGGGGAUAUAGUGUAUGUCUGUGUGUGUGCAAGGAAUUUAGUGUGUGUCUGUGUGUGUGCAAGGGAUGUAGUGUGUGUCUGUGUGUGUGCAGGGGAGGUAGUGUGUGUCUGUGUGCUGGGGAUGCAGUGUAUGUCUGUGUGCGUACUGCAGCCACUGAUGACACUUGUACUUGCUGUUUCCAUGGUGGUGUGGCUUCUGGCUGGAGUGGAGUCUGGAGAGACUCCUAGUGGCUCCGUUCCUCAUCGCUGCUGGCCCAUUCCUUACACCUGUCCUUCUCCAAGUUCUUUGUCCUGCCACCUGUGCUGCCCUGGAUGGCUGCUGCAGCACACAGAUACCAGCAGUGGUGGCUUUAAGCUUUUUUGUGGUCUUAGGCAAAAUUUAAACAUGUGGCUCCCACUAACACUCAUAGUGAAAAAAUAAUUAGGUUGCAUUGUGUGUGUAUAUUGGCUUGCAGUGCUGGAUACAUAGAGCUAGUCCCUGUAGUCAUCGUUCAGAGGCUUGCACUGUUGCGCCUCCAUGUGCCACUGCAUUGUGAGCUCUCUGACUGUAAUUCUAGCAUAAUUUUCAAACUAAAUUAUUUUGUAAUAAACACAUAAACAUGCACACAUAUACACAGUAACACACAAACUCAUCUUUGUAUCUUUGUAUAUGUAUGUUUCUGAGACUGUUUGUGUGUGGGGUAGCUGCUUGCAGUGUGUUUUGUGUAUAGGAGGCUGUCUGUAACCUAUUGUGCUUAUGGCAAAGCUAUGUUUCAUGACUGUUUGUGUAUAAGGAAAGUUGUCAAGGUUGACCGUGACAGGGUGAGUAAAGCAGGGAGUGUGACAAGGCCAGAGUGUGAAUGAGACAGGGUUGGGGGUGAGUGUGACAUAGUUGGAGGAGGGAGUGUGCACGGCACGGGGAGGAAAGUGUAACAGGAUUAGGAGGGUUAAUGUAACUGAGUAAAUUGGCAUGGUUGGUGGGGGUGAAUAUAACAGGUUUGGGGUGAAUGUUGUAUGGUUGAAGGUUGGAAUGUGACAGGGUGAGGGAAAGUCAGUGUGAAAGGAUUAAGGAAGGUUAAUGUGACAGGGUGAGUGUGGCUGAUUGUGACAGGGCUGGAGGUUUUACUCUGACAGCGUGAGGAGGGAGUGUGACAGAGGGAGGGGAGGGGAGUGUGAGAGGAUUAGGGGAGGUUAAUGUGACAGGGUGAGUGUGAUAUGGUUGGCAGGAUGAGUGACACAUUUGAAGUGAUUAAAGUGAUAGAGUGAGAGGGCAGGGUAUGAGUGUGACAUAAAGAAUACAAGGAAAGGGCUGCGCUUAGAUAAAACUUUAAAAGAUAUUGAAAGUCCAGAUAAAAUCAAUGGAUAAAAAAGGAAGAAGGUCUUAUCUGGCAAUGUCCGUAGUGCUUAGUCCGAAACAAUAAUCUUGCUUUCUGUCUUCCUUAUAAACCGUCUCGUAUGCAAGAGAUAAAAACAAAUACAGAACCACAAUGGUGUAGUAUAUCUUGACGUAAAAGAAAUAAAAUAUAAAACUUGAUUGCAAACUCACAUUUCCAAGAGCUAGAACCUGCUCUGGUAUAGAAGGCGUACAGCGGUUUAGAUCCACGCUUAUGGGAUAUGGAAUGAUUAUCCUUCACGUGCUUCCUCCUUCCGUAGUGUGGGAGAUACUCAAAUAAAAAGAGACAACCAAUAGUGUUCUCUGCAUAAAACUUAAAAUAAAAUAUAAAAUAAAAGUGGGUACUCACAAGACAGGAGCAGGUCAACUGCUCCUGAUAUUUCGCGUUGGUGGAAUAAUCCCCACCUAGGAUUGCUUGGAGUCCAGCGAAUAAUGCCAGGUAAUAAUAAAAAUUAUAUAUGUAUUAAAAGAUAAGUGGUACAAUAAAAGAUUAUGAAAUAUACUUUAAUUAUAACAUUACACAAUAUAAAAAACCAUAAACGCGUUUCGCCAAUCGGCGUUAUCAAUAUGGGUAAAGCUUAUUCGCUGGACUCCAAGCAAUCCUAGGUGGGGAUUAUUCCACCAACGCGAAAUAUCAGGAGCAGUUGACCUGCUCCUGUCUUGUGAGUAUCCACUUUUAUUUUAUAUUUUAUUUUAAGUUUUAUGCAGAGAACACUAUUGGUUGUCUCUUUUUAUUUGAGUAUCUCCCACACUACGGAAGGAGGAAGCACGUGAAGGAUAAUCAUUCCAUAUCCCAUAAGCGGGGAUCUAAACCGCUGUACGCCUUCUAUACCAGAGCAGGUUCUAGCUCUUGGAAAUGUGAGUUUGCAAUCAAGUUUUAUAUUUUAUUUCUUUUACGUCAAGAUAUACUACACCAUUGUGGUUCUGUAUUUGUUUUUAUCUCUUGCAUACGAGACAGUUUAUAAGGAAGACAGAAAGCAAGAUUAUUGUUUCGGACUAAGCACUACGGACAUUGCCAGAUAAGACCUUCUUCCUUUUUUAUCCGUUGAUUUUAUUUGGACUUUCAAUAUCUUUUAAAGUUUUAUCUAAGCGCAGCCCUUUCCUUGUAUUCUUUGUGUUUUAUCCUAAGGGUUUUUGAGGGAUUCCCUUUUAGGGUUGCUGCUAAGUUGUGUUAUUUAGCGCUCACUCAUUGUUUUGGUUUUAUGAGUGUGACAUAGUAAUAGAGGAUGAGUGUGACAGAGUUGGGAGUGAGUGUGAUAGUGCAAGAGAAGAUGAGUGUGACAGGAUUACGGGGGGUUACUGUGAGUGUGGCUUGGUGAAGGGGAGUUUCAGCAUGUGGGGGGAGAGUAGCAGUGUGGUGGCAGUGUAUGGGAGGCUGAGAGUGUUAGUGAGGGGGGGGUGCAGUGUGUGGGAAGGUGACCAUGUGUGAAGGGCAGUAUGAGGGGAUGACAGUGUGGGAGGGUGACAUUGUGGGAGGGCAAUAUAUGAGUGGUGACAAUGCGUGAGGGUGACAGUGUGGGGGGGGCGUAUGUAAUGUGACAGUGUGGUGGGUUGUGUGUGGAAGGGGCUGUGUGUGGGAGGGUGACAGUGUGGGGGCUGUCUGUGGGAUGGUGCUGCACCCUGUGGAGCUGCAGACCAGAGGCAUUGGGCUCCCUCCACAUGGGCAGAUUGAGUGGAGAGGACUCCGCACCAAGGCUUGCUUGGGCACUCCGUUAUGGACCAAGGACCUGAUUAAUCAGUCUGCCAUUCCACAGAGCGAUGUAAUCACAGAGCGAUGGAACGUCAGUGGAAUAAAGUCCCUGUCAACCCAGGUUAGCUUCCCCCUCCUGACACCCCUGUCCCAGCAGAGGGACUGAUUGGGGAAGGUUAAACAUUCCACUAGGGGCAGCAAAAUUAUUGACUGGGGUUGCUCUCUCUAUCGGGCAGAGUAAGCCAUCCUGCAUUUUGGAUCUGUCCUGCCCUUUUGGGUGGAAUUGGUCUGGUAUGCAAAUGACCUGGUUCUUUUUGUAAUGGCACAAGAUGAGUUAAAACUAGCUUUAGAUCUGAGUGGGGACCCACCAAAGAGCAGGCUGUUGUCCGUUCUCAGUAUUUUCGUGCGUCCUGUUUUUUCUUCUCCCUGUGAAUGUGUCGCCUGGAGCCAUGGUCCCACUUGGGCCUAUGAACGGGCCAGCCCUGGGGUACUGGCAUUGAGGGCACAGGGACUGGUAUUGUGGCAGUUGUCUCUUAGGCAUGCACAGAUCUCUGUGAAUAAUUCUUCAUACCGUGCAGGUCAUGGAGGUUGAACGAAUAUAUAAUGGCACACCUUGCAACUCCAGCAACCUCCAUCUAAUUAGAUCUAUAUGUAUUGCAUGCUUCAAGUAGAACCAUGUACACUGAGAUCUGUAAGUUUCCUAUGCAAAAAAGGCAAUUGAUUUGUACUUGUACUUCUGCAAUCAGGGCAAACUACAUAUUCAGGCACUGAGGAAAGACGGAGCGUCCAGGAGGAGGCCCACAUAGGUCCCUGGGUUCGGUUCUCCUCCAUCAGCCGGUGUGUGAAAUAUGUUAAUGUGGCCGCCACUUUAAGCUAUAAACUUAACAAGUGUGCUGGCGGGACUUUCCAUACAGUAGCAGUUUGCUCGGCCCCUGUGCUGGGAAGGAGUGAUCCUUUAAUAAAACUCUCAUAUCAAAGUUUCAUUUUUGGGAGUUAUCUACUAAACAGCUGAAAGAACAAGAUUAAGAAAAUCCCUUAACGAAAAUAUAUUUCAGUUGUUUAGUAGAUCAUUUCCUUAUUUGCUAUUCUUAUGUGGGAUUGCAGUAUUUAAGGAUAACAAAUUAGGGAGCUAUCUAUUAACCACAUACAAAUUUUCAUGCACACACACACACACACACACACAAUCUCAGGCAUACACACAUAAUCAAUGACAAACACAAAACCACAUACACACAACCACAAACAUACACAUAAUCACCGAUAUACACACACACACAUAAGAGACACACCAUAUUGGAAACCUUUAUAUUUUUGCCUACCCACGUAGCAGGUGCCUACUCUGCAAAACAUAGUUAGCGGCGGUCGAACUAGGCAAGGGGCACACAGGGAAGCAAUGAAUAAUCUAGGGAGGACAUUGCCCUGUGCCCCCCUAACCUCCUUUAGCGAUGCCAUAGGUCAACGGCAGAUCAUGUUUACAAAUCCCGUAUAGCACAAUGGGGAACACAAUGCACAUGCUACACAGGAAGCAGCACAAAUUGUAUUUUGAGUUUGUCUGCUUCAUUUGAAGAGACAUAUUACUUACCUGUUUUUUCUAUUCAUAUGCAAAAUACACUUUAAUGUAAAAGAAAACAAACUUACUUGAAUCUCGCUGGACAUUUACUCCUCCAGCCCUUGCUUUUGGUCAUCUCCAUUAGCAAUCUGGUUAGCUCUAGUGAGCUAAGCAGGGGCAGGGAGGAUUGUACUCAUUGGUUAAGAGCGUCAGCAGAGCAGUCCUGAAUCAGCCAGGUAAGUUGUCAAACCAUACUAAAACAGUUGUCUGCUAACUAUAGGAGGAUUCCAAGAAACUUCUAGAACUAUAACCACUACACUAGGGUUCUGCAGUGGUUAUGGUGCUUGGAGUUUUUCUUUUAUUUUGUCCUUUGCUUCCUAAUAUGUUGUGUGAGGUUCUAGGAAAAAGAGAUAGUAUCUCUCUCUCCACCACAUCUACCAGCAAAUCAAUAAAAGGAGAAGUAUAGAAUUGAGUAUGGUGGCCACAGACCUGGAAGAAUGCCCAAUAAUGUGGCUUCCAUCAUUCUGACAUCUCAGGACAUGUAUGUCCUACUAUUACAGAAUGAAGGAAGCAAGUAUGAGUAAUAAUGUGUUUGUAUUUGUAUGCAUAAGUGGGUUUAAGUCUAUAUGUCCAUGUAGGUGUUUGUCUUCAUGUUUACAUAGUUUGUAAUCUUUGAGUUCCCAUGAAGAGCAUUUGAGGAUAAGGUGGGCCUUUGCAGACAAGACGCUGGCCAAUAUUUUCAAACCCAUAAAAUCAGAAUAAGACUGAUGAGAGGAAUAAGAGAUGACAACUCCAUACGUUUGAUGUGCAAGAAGGCACUCCCAAAGCAUUAUGCAAACAAUUAACAUCGGUUUUUGUAUGCUCCCAUAUAUAUCUGAAUUAUAGCUAUAGCUGUGUAGAUACUUUUUUCAAAGGAAGAGGUAGAAAAGCAUCAGAACUGCAGGCUGUCAGAAUAUAGGUGAAAAUUGGCAUGGGUGGUCAGAAUGGAGCAGGGAAAUAUGAAUAAAAUAGAUGUUGUUCACUACCAAGAAAUCACGUGACCAGAUACUGUGGUGAAUCCAUCCCUGGAAUGAUUAAGAUGAUAUUUACAACAAAACUCAUGUGCAAUACAGAUUGUGCAUAUAUAUCAUAAUACAGGGAUUAGUUGGAACAAUAAAAAGUAAUUUUGUGGUAUUUGAAAUUAUCAAAAUUGUUGGAUGACAUAACAUUCUUUUUGUUUAUUUCAGAAUCUACCUCCUGGAAGAAAAAAUGCAACAUUUCAUAUGGAGGCACAUGUUGCCAUUAACAUCAUCACAACUGAUGUGUGUAAUCCAAAAAUGUCAGAAGCUUCCAUGAAUAGCAAGCCAGACAUACAAAUGGAGAGUGACAUAAAAUUCACUAGUGAACAAGUUCUGUUUUCCCACAACACAGAAACAGUGGAAGAUAUUGAUUAUGUAACCCUUCAAGAGCCAGCCUGUAAAACAAAUACAACACAAUGCAAUAAGCCAGUUGUCAUAACAAAUAUUACACCUUAUGAUAUGCCACAUCAUCCACCUGAAUCACAAUCAACCCUGCAGUCUGUAGCACCUUCUGAUUCAAAGGAUGAUGACAUUGUUCAUUAUGGUUGUAUUAAAACCAAUUGUCGAAGUUCUCAAGGUAAAGAGGGGAGCACCUUAGACGUUGAUAAAACAGAAUAUUCUUUACAGAAACUUUCAGUCAGUUAUGUCCCUAAGGUGGUUGAUGAACCAAAAGGGUGCCAUCAUAAAUUGGAAAACCCACAUGUGGACCAAGGUCCAGAGUAUUUGCAAGAAUUAGCUGACAAAAGUCUUAUCAAGCCUAAUGGUCUGUUUAUUAGCUGGACUCCUUCCUGUCAUCAGUUAUCUCAGCCUAUUGUAUUUAACAAGGUUUUGGAAGCAGACUGUGAAGAGGACCUCCAGGAUGUGAAAGUAGGUCUUCUUUCAAAACUUUACAUGCCUCUUGAUUUGGAUGAUCCAUCUGAAGAAAAUGAACUCUUGCAGUUAGAGAAACGGUGGGGACUGCAUAUACAAAUACCUGAAUAGACAACAAUUUUAACAACUUGUAAUGUUUACAGAUACCACAUGUUUGAUCAACAAUUUUGCAACAUCUACAAUCAAAACUUGAAUGGCACAAAAUAAUUCUCCUAUUCACAGUGAGGAAUUUAGAAUUUUUUAAAAUGUAAUAGUUCUGAAAGAUAAUGUGAAUUGCUGCUCAAUAUUCUUAAUGUUGUCAUGACAUGAACUGUGUACCAAUUUUUUACAGCAUAGUCUCUAUCCUGUCCCACUGUUCUAGGUGUAUUCCCUGGUGUCUUACUAUUGGGGACAACAGGAAACUGUCCCAGGAAAGUGCAGUACUAAGACAUCAUUAAAGGGAAUCUGUAGUGACAGGAAAACAAAGUUGUUUUCCUGGCACUGUAGCUCCUUAUAGUGCCAACCUUCCUUCCCCGUGGUGCAGAAGGGGUUAUAAACCUCUUCUGUUACUUGCCUGAGUCCAGCGCUGAUGUCCCUUGAAAGUCAGCCAGCAGAGUAGAUCUAACGCACUUGCACGGCAAUGGCUAUGCUUGCCUUAGUGAUUUCCCCAUAGGAAAGAAUUGUAUGGGGUUUUGAGUAACACUGGACAUCCUCAUGCAUAUCAUCAGGAUAGCCAGUGCCAGGCAACCAAAAGUCAACAACUAGAGGUGGAUUUAACACUGGUUAGUAAUUAUUGCAGUUUCUCAAUAACUUAAUAAUUACUUUUGCAGGGUUAAGUGACAUGGGCCACUGCACCCAGACCACUUCAAUGAGCUGAAGUGGUCUGGGUGCCUAUAGUGUCCCUUUAAUCACACUUUCUUCACACUAAGGGAACUAGGGCAAUUCAAUGAGUUCUGUAACAGAACUGCAUGGCAUUUCCUUCAUGGGGCCUCCUGGCAUAACUGGUAGUCAGCCUGGCAUGCAUGUAAACUAGUGAGAAUCGCUUGGUUUGGAUAGACUGUCAUAGUAUUUUACAUCUUCUAAUAAUUAUAUAAAAGAUUACAAAUUUGUGUUCUCUACAUUAUAUUUCAUAUAUAUUUAUAUUCUUUUAUAUGUGUGAUCAGGGACAAUAAGCCAAGUCAGAGUAUUGAUGGUGGUUAAAGUCUGAUGUGCUAUAAGUCGGUUGUGGUGUGCCGAAACCAACGUUCGGGUAGGCCUGUAAAUAAAGAGUGCCCACCAAAAUGAAUGGCUUGAAAGAGGGAGCUGUGGGUGGGCCAAACCAGGCGAUAUUCGCCCAGUGAAAGGGGUGGCCUUAGUCUUUAUAGGUCUUGUAACUCCUCCCACAACUCCAGUCUCUGUCUUUCUAUUAAUAACUGGAGGGAAUAUCAGAAUGGCAGUGAUUGGUGUAUACAGCAUCUUAAAUGGUUUCAUAAAAUGAUCAUCUAAUUGUCAUUUUAACUUUAAAUAUUUUACUGUCAUGAAAUACUAUGAAUGAAAAUAAAAUUACUAUAUUCUUUUAUUCUUUCUAUUUAUUGCAGACCAUCAAACAAUAUGUGUUGUGAAUUGUAUAAUAGUUAUAACUUUUGCACAUAUUUGAAAGAAGAAUAAUUUCUAUACAAUUCUGUCUGCUAGCUUACCUGACCAUAAAUAUGUGCAUCAUCUCUUCCGUCUGCCCACCUGUCCAUCUGCUUGUCUCUAUAUAAAAUUU